AUGCCAGAGAUAGUCCCUAAGAACAAAGCCCCAGGGGUUGAUUUCUGUGGGGUAGAUGAAUAUUACUACAUUGUCCGCUCAGACCUGGGCUGCUACAUGAGGUCCACCAAUUUCCACAGGGGCAAAGACCUUGAAGUGUUUAGCCUGCACAGUUCCUGCCAGGGAGGAGAUCACUAUUUAGCCCAUCAGGACGGCCUAUUCUACAUCAUCAAAGGAGACAACUAUCGCCGUGUCAGCAACAUGAAUCAAGACCUAGAUGCUGUAGUAUACAGCCUCCAUCCCAACUGCCGCGGAGGGGACCAUUACCUCUCAGCCUCUAGAUACUUCUAUAUCAUUUUCCAGAAAAGAGGUGUUUACCGUAUGGUCACUAAUAUGAAUGAAGAUAAAGAUGCAGUUGAAUACACACUUCACCCUGCUUGCAAGGAUGGUCUCUAUUACUGGGGCGUCAAAAAAUACUAUUACUUUGUAAAACCUGUUGAUGAAUGGGGCAUCCAGUACUAUAAAAGCACCAACUUCCACGAAAAUCUGAAUGCUGAAACAUUUUCCUUCCAUAGUGAUGUAGUGAAUAUGCUCCCUGGAGGAAUGGCUAUUACCUAUGGUCCAGCUUAUGGUAGAUGGGAACCUAUCAAGACCAUUUCCAACGACUCUAGCACUCCCAUUGUAUGGAAUAAGAAGAUCACCAAGAAAGUGGGAUACAACAAGCAGAAGAUGACCAGUGUGGAGCACAACUGGAAGAUUUCCAUGACUGCCACAUAUCAGUCGGGUGCGCUCACUGAAGCCAUUGCCAAGUAUCAGUUCUCUCUCACUGCUGAGUAUGGUGGGAAGAGGGUCGACACAGAGCAGGAAAACUGGAAUGAAGCCACUGAGAUCGAAGAAGCUAUUAGUGUAACCGUGCAGCCCAAUGAGAAGAUGUACAUAUGGCAGUUUGAGAUGGGCUUGGGCAAGGAAGAGGUCUUGUUCUGCCGUGAUAUAAAAUUUACGAGUGAUUCUACUCCACCUACAGAUAUUCCUUUGCCACCUUCCAAUAAGUGA